UAAACUGGUUUGUGACGUAGCAAAGAUGUCUCUCACAAGGAAGGUGUUCAUACAUUAACUGAAUUUGGAUAAAAUGGCAAGAAAACAGAGUAAAAUUAAAGACGUUAAGCACCCAACACUCGGUGACACGAAGACGCCUAACACACCAUCGCUCAGUGAAAUAUCAAAGCGAGCCACACACAGCAGGGCUAGGGGAAGAAAUAAGGAGCACGACGCUCGUUCGACGCCCCGGAAAUUGUCAGAGGCUACGGGCGGAUCCGUCAAGCCUGAAAAGUCUACCAAAGACAGCCAAACCAACAUAGAAACGGUCGAGUCAUUCAAAACUUUACGACGCGAUGCUGAUAGCGAACCUGGCGCGAAACUUAAGACGUCGAGCCGGUCUGUUAGAAACGGUGUUCCUCGGACACCAAGCAAGGUUUUGGCCGACACUCCCAAGGAUACCACGGUGAGUUUAAGCCGCACUAACAAUGGCCCCUAUGCGAGUUCCGGUGGCACUCCCCAGGAUCACGGGGUUAGUUUGAACAACAUUCCCAAACCGUGGGCGAGUUCGGACGGCACUCCCAAUAAACCCGUUGUGAGUUCGAAUAACACUCCACAGACUCCUGGGACGCUCUCUGACCACUACCAACGAGAGCUCAAAAAGCUGUCCGAUUACUGGAGCCGACAGAGCCCACUAGCGGAGAGUUCGCCGCGACUGCGAAGCAACCGGAAGGCACUAUUUGACAUCAAAGAGUGCCUGGGCAAAUCGUCGAAAUCAACACCAGUUCGAAAAAGACGCAGAAGUCACGACUUCCCGGAGCAUACAGUCAAUUUGACAUCGGAGAAUCUUCCAGAAUCUCCAUUUCCGUCCACGAGUUCGGAAUCAAAAUCGCAAGCCGGUCGGAAAUGGCCGCGAACGAACGAUUCAGAAGAUCAGAAGACAUCGGCAGCGCUCAGUGCAAGCGUCGUUUCAAAGAGUGCAUGCAAUGAAGUCAUCCUAGCACCGAGCAAAACACGUAGACGCCAAAUCGACAAAAGCUCAAUCAAUGACAAUAUCAUUUCAGGUAAAAUAGGAAACACUAAUAUGCAAUUCGAAACACCAGAAAUUGUAUUUGGGAACAAGGAUCUAAAUAUUGAAGACAGAAUAGAAAUUGGAACCGGUUCAACCACCGGAUGUUCUUCGACAGAAUUCGGUAGUGAUUCCGAAGACGAGGACUAUAUUCCACGGCGCAAGAAACUGCGUAGUGAGGUAACAAAGGACGAGUUGUGGGAGGGUAUUCCCCUCACGGUCACGUUCAAGCGCUUGACGCCGCUUGUAAAAACGGACAGCUUGACCCCUUAUGACCACAUGACAACCGAAGGAUGUCAGGACAGAAGACGAAUACUGGAAAGAACUGACAGCAGUGCAAUUGAGAAUAUAUCUUCUGACCUAGUAGAAGAAUGCUCAAGUGCGUUAACAAAGAAGAAAGAAACAACUGCCGAUGAUAAUACAAACAAGGAAAUAUUUCAAAGUGAGACUGACAUGGAUAAAAAGCUCGGGCUUCACUUACAAGCAUGUGGUCUUUACGAAGAAAUUGUCGAAACAGAUGCAGACGAAUGUGAUAAAUGUCAGGAGAAUUCUCUCGUAAGUCCAUGUAAACAGAAAUCGAUGCACAUAGCAGACAAGAUGAAUGAUGCAACCUUUCAAUCAUCUUCCCUUUUGUCUGACGUUUCAUCGAGUAUAGGAGCAGAAAUCAUUGCGGGCCAGUCUACUGAUCAUAAAGUUAAGAUAAUGACAUGGCAAGAUAACUUGGCACAUACAGAAAAUGAACUUACUAAGGAAAGUUCUAGUACAGACGCGUCAAAAAAUUUGUCGGAACCGUUUGUAAACUCUUCAAUGUCUAUCUCAGUUGGCUCAAUCGAACAGCCAUCUUCUUUUAAAAACUGUAUGGCCUUUGAUUUUGAUGAAGAUGAGUCGAAUCAAUAUAGUGAUAAAUUCAGGCAGAACAUUAAAUUAGAAUCGUCAAGAUUAAAUAUUGAAGGCGCUGCGCAGAGCGAGUUAAAUCAGAAUAUAUCGAUAUUUAACGAUACAUCAGUUCAUGUUAUUGCUGAACAAAUGGGUGCAAUGAAUGAAGGGGACUGCGAAUGCGAGGGAAGAGAUAGUCAGCUCUCAGAAAGCGUUUCCACAACGUUGGAACACAUAUUCAAUCUAGAAGAGACGGACACGAAAGCACAGUCAACUUCGCAACCACCAGAACUUUCAGCAACAACAACCAAAACAACUAAAGUACAAGAUAAAAUAGUCAGCUUAGAAGCAAGCACUUUAAUUCUAACACCACAACGCUCCAAGCGACUUUCUGAACACGCAACUGAACAGAAAACGGCGUGUGAAAUUUUAGAACAACAUAUCAAUGACAUUAAGAAUUCUGCUGAAACUGAAGGUGAGAGCGAAGGUCAAGUAAUAGGCCAAGUGAGUGAAAAUGCUAAACUCUCCUCAUUACAGCAGAUGAGGCACAUUUUCAGUAAACAUUUAUCCGUGCCUAAAACGAUCCCUCCUUUGCGGAUAAAGCUGAAGGAAUCACAUAACUAUCAGGGUGUGACGUCAUCAGGCGCGUCACGUGAGAGUCCGGGUAUGACUAAAUCGAAUAAGUCGUCGAAGAAAAAAUCUAACAAGUUCAAACUUAAACAUCGGACGACAGAUUUAGACGAAAGUUCCAAUAUUGGGCCAGAGAAUGACGGCGAAAGACAUUAUGUAAUAUCUGGGAGUGAAAUGUCGACAGCAAAUAAGAAAAGUACAACAACAAAGAGAAAGGAUGGAACUUCUAAAUGGAGUCCUUCCGGAUGUGCGGGGGUGGAGCUGAGACUGACAAGCGAGAGGCGACGCUCCGGGGCCGCUGACCUGCUGAACAAUCCCGUGCUCAAUACACACGCAUGCGUACUUUGGUCCAGUGAAAACCGGCGACACGUUCACCUGUCCAACCCCGACGCCUCCCUGGGCGAAAUGGACGCCAUUUUGAGCCGGAAGUGGGACGCUUUGGCGGACAAGGAGAAGCUACGCUACUUCCUGCGCGCCAAAGACGCUCUUCGGGACGAUAAUAGACACUCACACAAGGCCGGUAAUGAGGUACAGCGCCGAUCCGGCGACGACGAAGCCUCGUCCGCUAACGGGCCUGAAACUGGUUGGUCACGUGAGAGGUUCGACAAGUUGGCUCCCGGCUCCCAGAUGGCGGAAAUCAAGCGCUGGCUGCACUACUACCAAAAGGUGGCACCUGAAGUGUACACGAGCAUCAUGCGAGAGUUUAAAGGUCGAAUGAUGGAAGAACGACGCGAAAAAGCCGAAACAGACGAAAAACAGACCAGGACGCCAGUGAAACAGCGACGCACAAAAUUACGAAAGAAGGACAAGCGAAACAGCACCGGAAAUGACGUCAAACACCGACAACUUCUGUUCGGAAUGAUUCUGUCCAAGCGGGAGACGGUCAUUGCAAAACUUAUGACGAAGAAGCAACAACAAAAAGAAGCGCUAUUAGCAGCUUAUCUCUCUCUGGUAGAAAGACUAACAUCUGGUGACGUCAUAGAUUUUCACGGUGACGUCACGUCCGAAAAUCUUACCGAGAGAUUAUCGCAUAUCCGGGCUCUUGAGCGAGAUGGGAAGUUGGCAGUUGUGGGUGACGUCACUAGCAGUCCACGAUUUGAUAUAGUUUUGUCACAACUAUAUGACGCUGGUUCUCGAUUAACUGUUACAACCGGUCCGGCUGCUACAGACUUGCCGGGAGCUAGAGACCUAGAUAUUGACGCCUUGAACCCAUCUUUAUUACAGGAAACCCUGCCGUGCCUCAGCCCAGCAACUGUCCGUAAGGUUCUGUCCCCAAUUUCCGGUUACACGCCGGAAGAUCUUCCCGACGCCAUCCCGGAUCCCCUACCGACGACAUCGCCGUCUUCGAUUCUCACGCAAUGGGUUGCCGACGACAUUUUACAAGUGAACCCGCAAAUUGGCUUCCGUAAGGCAAUAUCGCUUCUCUCUGGAGACAAGAUUGUACAGCGACUGAUCGCUCCACUUUCGUCGAACGUGAGUCAACGAGAGUAAUCUGGUGGUUACUUCCUGUCAUCUAAUAAGUGAACCCCUCUACGAGCGCCAUCUCGGCCUUUUCGAUUGGACACGCCAUAUCACUUCCGAUUAAGUAUUAAUCAGCAUGUGCGGAUUCAGUCGGACAUUCGCAUUAUCCUGGCGUUCGCCCAACAUAUAUUUACUGCUGGCAGCGGCUUUUGAUUUUCUUAAAUAUUUUUGUAUUAGGUUUUAAAUGUUACCUAUUAAUGCUUGAUGCUAUAUUUUAUUGAGUGUGUCGUCUGAUUGUAUGCUCGUUCGUUGAACAAUAGCUUGUUUCGGAUAUAUUUCUUUUUAGAAGGCCGUUUAGACAUGUUAAUUCUGUGCUUUCAAACAAAACUUAAUAUUUAUUCAUUAAAUGUUAUUUCUUA